GUAUCACAGCAACACGUACAACAAUCAAAACAACAGCAGCAGCAGCAGCAGAAACAAGCAUCAUCCUCAUCCUCAUCAUCAACAACAACAACCACACCUGCUGCUGCUGCUGCUGCUGCUGCUUCAUCGUUCCAUCAGCAUCAACCCAAGUAUGACUAUGACCCGUAUCACUCACAUUAUGAAUCACAAUGGGAUCAACAAGGUAAAAAAUCACCUUUAUCUGUACUCAGUGUACAGGGCUAUUAAAUAACACACCCAUAACAGAUGACCAGGGCGGGUCGUUGUCGGAAGCACAUCAAAACAAAAGGAUGCGCAGCUUGCGCGAAUGCAAUGAUCUGCUGACCACAAUGAACAAUGAGUUUCUCGAACAUAGCACAGUUAUCUACCACAACAAACUGCAAUCGCUACAAGAAGAGCUGCGCAGCAUACAAGAAGGUGAACACAUUAGUUGGACCCACGAGGCGUUUAUGGAAGAAAUAGCGGACUUGGAAAAGCAGCGUGAAGAGGCGAUCUUCAAUGCCCAGUGUUUGAUGGAGUACCACGUGUCGGGGCUUAAACGACGUUAUGAAACCGACGUGGAUGCGGCUGAGCAGGACUACGACCUCGAGCGACAGCACCUGCACGAUAUGAUUGUUGCUGCGAUUGACGACCGUCGGAAAAUGGUCCGGGAGGACCGCGACAAUGGAGUCGAUGUCAAGGAGCUCUUUAGGGACGCGUAUCAUCGUGUCAGUAACUCAAAACGCAGCUUGCGGAAACGACAUCUCGAUUACCGGUCGCAGAGUGCCGCGUCUCCUUCGCGGCAUGAGAACUCGCGGAGAAGACAGACUCGACCAAGCAACAUGUACAGUAUCAAUGGACCGAUGUCACAGAGGGAGGAAGAGGACCUUGAUCAAGAGUUUGCAUUUAUGAAAGGGUUGAAACGGGUGACAGCUGCAGCGCAAUGAAAGGGGGGUGGUUGUUCUCUUGAUGGGUGAGGAGAAGGAAAAGGGGGGGGUUUUCUUUUCUUUUGAUCAAGUUUGACACCAUGCGUCAUGCAUUGCAUAUCUCUCUCUCUCUCUCUCUCUCUCUCUGUACAUAAUACACAUCCAUUACACAAAGCAAAAG